CACUUCGGGCCGGGGCGCGGGGAGGUGAGGGUCGUCGUGGAGUGGAGUGAGUGGCUCGGAAGACUCGGGGCUAGAAGGGCAGAACCGCCCUCCAGCCACAGCCCGAACCGUCCUCCACCCCGUACGCGAGCCACCCUCCCGUCCGCCAUCCCAGCGCCGUCGCUGCCGGCCGGCCCGUCCUCCCUCCGUCCCCCACCGCUGAGCCCAACCUACAAAAAGCUGAAUUAUUAUUGAGAGCCAUAGCCCAGAACCCCACCAAGUCGCUCCCAAACCUCAACGAAGAAAAGGACACAUUGUCUCCAGCCCGGCUGCGCCCAGGAACAGAAGGGCGAGCGACCUCUGUCCCGUACCCCGGACCACCCUGGAGGGAGAAGCCGCCCCGUGGUCGGCAGCCCGCCCCGCCGCCGCGGAGACCCGAAGCCAUCUGGAUCCCAAGGCUGCCUACCUUCCGUCUUCAGCCCUUGGCCUGUGCACGUGCCCCGCGCUGAUUGUCUGCCUAGGAAAAGACCAUGCAGCUGGAGAUCAAAGUAGCCCUGAAUUUCAUCAUCUCCUACUUAUACAACAAGCUGCCCCGGCGGCGGGCAGACCUGUUUGGGGAGGAGCUAGAGCGGCUUUUGAAAAAGAAAUAUGAAGGCCACUGGUACCCUGACAAGCCACUGAAGGGCUCUGGCUUUCGCUGCGUCCACAUCGGGGAGAUAGUGGACCCUGUGGUAGAGCUGGCCGCCAAGCGCAGUGGCCUGGCAGUAGAGGAUGUGCGGGCCAACGUGCCUGAGGAGCUGAGCGUCUGGAUUGACCCUUUCGAGGUGUCCUACCAGAUUGGUGAGAAGGGGGCUGUGAAAGUGCUGUACCUGGAUGACAGCGAGGGCUGUGUUGCCCCAGAGCUAGACAAGGAGAUCAAGAGCAGCUUCAACCCUGAUGCCCAGGUAUUCGUGCCCAUCGGCAGCCAGGACAGCUCUCUGUCCAACUCCCCAUCACCAUCCUUCGGCCAGUCUCCCAGCCCCACCUUUAUCCCGCGCUCCACCCAGCCCAUCACUUUUACCACCGCCUCCUUCGCUGCCACCAAGUUUGGCUCCACCAAGAUGAAGAAGGGCGGUGGGGCGGCAAGUGGCGGGGGUCUGGCCAGCAGUGGGGCGGGGGGCCAACAGCCCCCACAGCAGCAGCCUCACAUGGCCCGCUCUCCCACCAACAACCUGCUGAAGCACAAGAGCCUCUCUUUGUCUAUGCAUUCACUGAACUUCAUCGCGCCCAACCCCGCCCCUCAGUCCCAGCUCUCGCCCAACGCCAAGGAGUUCGUGUACAAUGGCGGUGGCUCUCCCAGCCUCUUCUUUGAUGGGGCCGAUGGCCAGGGCAGUGGGGCCAGCACCUGCAAUAGCAGCAGCUUCGACAUGGCCCAGGUAUUUGGAGGUGGUGCCAACAGCAUCUUCCUGGAGAAGACGCCCUUCGUGGAGGGCCUCAGCUACAACCUGAACACCAUGCAGUACCCCAGCCAGCCGUUCCAGCCCGUCGUGCUGGCCAACUGACCGCCCGCCAGCCUGGGGGCCUGGGGCACCCAAGACCACAGAAAAGAGAAAGGAAAGGAAAGGCCAAAAAAAAAGAGGAAACGAAAAAUAUACAAAAA